AUGUACGGUUUUAGAGUUUUGUCUGUGAUUGUUUGUCUCCCUUGGAUUGUACCGAACGCGGUUUUGCACGGCGCUCAGGAUCUCGCCUAUUUGGAUGAUAUCCAGAACCCAGUGAAAUCGGAUCGAAGCAUCUGGUCACCGCGCCAGCCGCGGGUCGCUACAAGAACAAACGAUGAGUUGGCGUGUGAUAAACCAAAUGUUUAUAUCUGUGAGGAACCUCCUGACAUAAUCGCUGCGGAUGAAGGCAAAAUUUGCAACUACCGGAACGUGCGAUACCAUGAGCAAGUUUAUCGUUGGGUGGCUGGCAGGGGGUGCUUACUGUACACACCGGAUUUUCUUUACGUCGCUGGUCACAACACAGUCGAUUUGACCGCUGGCUGCUUCUACGGGCCCUGGUAUGCACCAUGCUUAGAAAUGGUGAAGGAAGAUGGCACUUGCGGCUGUUUCCCUUUCGACCCUGCCUUCGAAAACGUCGCAAAUCUUGUGCGCGACGCCCUGAUACCUUCUGCGCACGGCCGAUGGGAGAGAUGUUACUACACGGCCAGCGAUUGCUGCAGUCACGUUAUGUUGGAUAACACUACUAUUACAGAUGAAAGCCAAUGCCAAGCGACAUUUGAUGGGUGGACCUGUUGGGAACCUGCAGAAGCUGAUACUACGGCUACUGCUAUUUGUUCUGACUUGGCUUAUUCUAACGUGGGACCGUCAUGCCAUCAUUUCAGCAAUAAGAAGUGUUUCUCGAACGGCACAUGGCAGCUGCAGACUGACUACAGCACGUGCAGCAUCACGCCACGGCUCCUGCGCCGCUAUCGGAUGAACAUCGCCGUGUUGGCGUUCUCCAUCGCCUCGUGUCUUCCCGCCGUUUUCAUCUUCUUCUUCUACAAGCGGCUGCGGGUAACCAGAGUGGCCCUGCACAGAAACCUCCUCAUCGCAAUCGUCAUCAGGAACGUCCUCGUAAUUGUCAGCAGGACCGAAGUGUACAUCGAUGAGCUGACGAAUUCUGGAGGCACAGUGUUAUCAACGCACGGGAUCUGGUGUCGCGUGCUGGCCGUUGCCGAACGCUUCGCUGCCAACGCUGUAUUCGUAUGCAUGCUUGUGGAAGGCGUAUAUCUCCACAGGUUGAUCGUUGCCGUGUUCCGGAGGAAGCUUAAAGUGAGAUGGCUCUACAUAGCGGGGGCAGUUAUCGCAAUAGUUCCAGCGCUCGUGUGGGCGAUAGUGAUGGGAUUGCUUAAUGAUCACUCAUGCUGGAUCGUAUACACGGUGGAUCACAUCCAGUGGAUUUUGGAUGCUCCAAGAAUUGCCAUAUUGCUCAUAAACUCUGUGCUAUUCAUCGAUAUACUGAGGGUGUUACUCACCAAGUUAAGAAAUUCCGAGAAUGCUAAUCAGCUAAGUACCGCAAAGGCGACGCUAUUUUUGAUGCCACUAUUUGGAAUACAGUUUCUUUUUACAGCUCUACGACCGAACACAACCAAUUGCCUAUGGGAACAGAUAUAUUAUUAUAUUUCUUAUUCAUUGGAAGCUUUGCAAGGAUUUACCGUCGCCUUGCUAUACUGCUAUAUAAAUAAAGAGGUGCAUGCUCUAGUUAAGGCGACAUAUAGGAAAACCGAAAAUGCAGUGAGCUCACGUGUUCGAGGUUCCAGUUAUCCCCGCGUGAGUUUCGACCCAAAAUCAGCGAGAAGGUUCACCUACAGCACCAACCUGCCGUCGCAUAAUGUUAGCGAUUACAAAGAUCACUACACAACGAUGAAACCGAAACUGCAUGUCGCCGAAAUAAUAUCAAUACAAGCCAGCGAGAGAUUAGCCGAGAUAUUGGACCCUAUAUAUGAAACCGUCGAGAACGGCCUAACGAACGAAGGUUACGAUUUUCUCAGCAGAGCGUCAUUAGACAAUGAUUCGGGAAUAAUUCCGAACAGGGAUUCCAACGCUGGUGAGGAAUACGAAUUCCCUAAAGCUUCCAGCAUGUCCAUGGACUAUCCAGAGUGGUUAACGCCAGAAAUAUAUAGCAUCACAAGUUCUGUAAAUGACGAAGGUAAAGAUAAUUCUUUACGUAAUUCUUCGAAAGAUCGGGAUGAAAAUCAGACCGAUGAAAGUGCUUUGAAAUCAACAUUGAAUAAGGAAAAUGGAGAAGAUAAAACGUCUGACAAUAAUGAAACAUCCAAAGAUGGCGGCAGUGGAAUAGAAUCUGAAUAUGAAGACUGCGAAAACAUGCUCGACGAAAUAAUGCAUUACAUUGACGCGAAUGACAAACGCGAUGUAGUAUUGAACCCGGAUAUUCUAUGCCCUAACAGAAACAGUGAAGAUAAAAUAGUUUUUGUUGAGGAA